AUGGCGCUGCUUUCAGCAGCAGCAAAAGGAGACUUCCUGAAGAUAAAAUCAUUAAUCGACUUGGAGGACAAGUCAGAGGAUUCGGGAGGAGUUGAUGUAAACUGCUCGGAUGCGUCCGGCAAGACGGCCCUCCACAUUGCUUCGGAAAACGGACAUUUGCAAACGGUUAAAUGCCUUACCAAUCAUGGAGCAAAAGUGAAUGUGGUCGAUGCUAACCUACAGACAUCGGUUCAUUUAUGCUCAAAGAAAGGCCAUCUUCAUGUGGUAGAGCUGUUAGUGAACGAAGGAGCAGAUAUUGAUAUUGGUGACAAAGAUGGGUUUACAGCUCUGCACAUAGCAUCAUUGGAGGGUCGUCUUGAUAUUGUCAAAUACCUCGUUAGUAAAGGGGCAGACCUGGGAAGACUUGCUAUUGAUUAUUGGACACCUCUACUCAUUGCUUUAGACGCUGGCCAUCUUGACAUUGCAGAGUACCUUUUGACAGAAGGAGCCAAUAUUAACACGUGUGGUAAAGUCGUCGAGUAUAUCGUAAACAAAGGAGCAGGCAUCGAAAUUGAUAAUAAAGAUGGGUUAACGGCUCUUCACAUAGCAUCAUUGGAGGGUCAUCUUGAUAUUGUCAAAUACCUAGUUAGUAAAGGGGCACAGCUUGACAAAUGUGACAAAACCUACAGGACACCCUUGUCUUGUGCUUCAGAAAGAGACCAUCUUAAAGUCGUCAAGUAUAUCGGGAACAAUGGAGCAUGCAUUGAUAUUGGUGAUAAAGAUGGGUUUACAGCUCUUCACAUAGCGUCAUUGAAGGGUCAUCUAGAUAUUGUCAAAUACCUUGGUAGUAAAGGGGCAGACCUAGGGAGACUUACUAAUGAGUACGGGACACCUCUACACCUUGCUUUAGAUGGUGGCCAUCUUGACAUUGCAGAGUACCUUUUGACAGAAGGAGCCAACAUUAACACUUGUGGUAAAGGUGGAUGUACAGCACUACAUGCCGCAUCACAAACUGGUGAUAUUGAUGGAGUGAAAUUUCUAACCAGUCAAGGAGCAGAGCUGGAUAGGAGCACUGACGAUGGUUGGACCGCACUUAGUUUGGCUUCAUUUGGGGGACACCUUGACAUUGUCAAAGUUCUCGUGGGCGAAGGGGUAGAGGGUGACAAAGCACCCAUGAGCGGGAUGACACCCUUGUGUCUUGCAACAGGAGGAGGCCAUCUGGGUAUUGUCGAGGUCUUACUGAACGUAGGAGCAAGUAUUGAUAACUGUAAUCGAGACGGGUUAACAGCACUCCACCUUGCAUCGUCCAAUGGACACGUUAAAAUGGUUCGUUAUCUUGUUAGGAAAGGGGCACAGCUUGACAGAUGUGACAAAAACCACAGGACACCCUUAGGCCAUCUUGAAGUCGUCGAGUAUAUCGUGAACAAAGGGGCAGGCAUUGAAAAGGGUGAUAAAGAUGGGUUAACGGCUCUUCACAAAGCGUCAUUGAAGGGUCAUCUUGACAUUGUCGAAUACCUUGUAAGGAAAGGGGCACAGCUUGACAAAUGGGACAAAACCGACAGGACACCCUUGUAUUGUGCUUCUCAAAAAGGCCACCUUGAAGUCGUCAAGUAUAUCGUGAACAAAAAAGCAGGCAUUGAUAUUGGUAAUAAAGAUGGGUUGACAGCUCUUCACAUAGCGUCAUUGAAGGAUCAUCUUGACAUUGUCAAAUACCUUGUUAGUAAGGGGGCAAAGCUUGACAAAUGUGACAAAAACGACAGGACACCCUUAUCUUGUGCUUCUCAAAAAGGCCAUCUUGAAGUCGUCGAGUAUCUCAUGAACGAAGGAGCAGGCAUUGAUAUUGGUAAUAAAGAUGGGUUGACAGCUCUUCACAUAGCAUCAUUCAAGGAUCGUCUAGAUAUUGUCAAAUUACUUGUUAGUAAAGGGGCACAGCUUGACAAAUGUGACAAAAACGACAGGACACCCUUAUCUUAUGCUUCUCAAGAAGGCCAUCUUGAAGUCGUCGAGUAUCUCAUGAACGAAGGAGCAGUCAUUGAUAUUGGUAAUAAAGAUGGGUUGACAGCUCUUCACAUAGCAUCAUUCAAGGAUCGUCUAGAUAUUGUCAAAUUACUUGUUAGUAAAGGGGCACAGCUUGACAAAUGUGACAAAAACGACAGGACACCCUUGUCUUAUGCUUCUCAAGAAGGCCAUCUGGAAGUCGUCGAGUGUAUCGUGAACAAAGGAGCGGACAUUGAAAUUGGUGAUGAAGAUGGGUUUACAGCUCUUCACAGAGCAUCAUGGGAGGGUCAUCUCGAUAUUGUCAAAUACCUCGUUAGUAAAGGGGCAGACCUGUUGAGACUUGCUGAUGAUUACUGGACACCAUCACACCUUGCUCUUAAUGGUGGCCAUCUGGGUAUACAUGACUAUCUUUUAAAUAGAGAAGCAAAACAGAUCAUUAAGCCAGUCAUUGGGUUUGACGAGGACCACUAUGACUACCUUCGCAGUUCUUUUGGUGGUGCCGCUUUCCCUAGCUAUAUGCCCCAAUCCUCGCGACCAUACGAUCCAUAUCUUACCAGUCCACGAGACAGCUCUAUCUCCUCGAGGAAGAGCAUCAAAGAAGAGACAAUGAUUAUAAAUCUCGACGAGUACAGCAUCAAGGUUCUACUGUCACCCGACGAUCUGGACAAAGCCACAUAUAUCACAGCAGAAGCAUUGCCAAGUAUUCCACCUGACUUAAACCUUGAAAAAGACGAAGUUGUCAUCUCAGUUGGGCUUAAGCUUUCUCCUCCUGGUCUUCAGUUUAAAACUCCGGUGGAAGUCACGGUCUUGCAUAGCGCUAUUUUCAGCAACCCAGACAAGGCAGAAAUUGUGCUAUACACCCGAAAGACUGGGUCUGAUGAAUUUUCAAGGAUAGUUCCUGCUCCUGACAAAGCUGCUCGGUGUGUAGUUGGAAAGAAUCACCUCACUUUGUACUUAGACCAUUUCUCGGAAUGGUGGAUUAUCUCCUUGAUCAGGAGAUACUUCAUCGGCCCGUUCAUCGGUAAGCGGCUCAUCUGUACGCCAUACGCUCCCCUGUCAACAUCCAGAGACAUCAUGAACAGCAUCUUGCUCAUCAUUAAAGACGACUACUGCGGAGUGAAAGAGGAUAUCAUACCAGACUUCAAGGUAGCCUUUCAAAGUGGGCAGUACUGCGUAUAUUGGGGACACGGACCCCUACUAGUCAGACAUCUGGAAAACAAAGACGAAGUUUCGACACUGGAACUUGAAGAAUGUGCUUUCUUUGACAUGAACACCCACACGAUGCCGUUCAUUCUUCAGCCACGUGAAAAAACAGUUCCCGGAGUUCUUGUCACUCUCAUCUUGAAGCAAAAAAUCACAAAGCAUAUCGCCUUCCAAGUACUAUACAACGAUGUGCCCCAUGUGAAUCCAAUAGCCCAAUCAAAGCCGAUGGGAUCUGCAUCGUCCAAAGGCAAAGCUGAACCAACUGAUGUUGGACGAGGAACAUCCAAAUCAUCUCAGUUCUCCGAAGAGCUGACGAGAAGCGAGCAUCAUCUUGAAACGAUAGUUCCAACAUCACCUGAGCCUGCAGACACAAAGGACGGAAGUCAUACUGAUGUCCUUACAAUACCUAGGCCAUUGACUCCACCAUCGACAGAGUCACCGUCAUGUGAACAUGCCUACCAAGUCAUAGAUGAUUUGGUAACGGAGACAGUAGCAAUUGCUCCAUCGACAUCAUCGACAGUGCCCGUCCGUUCAUUAGAGUCUGCAGCAGAGGGGACAAUGGGAGACUUAGCCCCACCACCAAUUGUGACAAACAUUGUCCAAGAAUUCAUUCCAGGACUUUCAGCAGACCAAAUACCCCAGCGUUCUGGGAACGUCAAUAUCUACGUCCGAGAGAUGGUCAUCAACAAUCCCCAAGGGCAUAAUCCUUAAGGAAAUAAUCCCCAAGGAAAUACUGUUGCCCCUACCCCUGUUCCUAUGGCUUCCAUAGUACCUCCUAGGCUACAGCAUGAACUGCGUUGUCGGUUGAACAGAGAAAGCCCAGUUUACGAUGACUGGAGGGGUCUUGCCAAUCAGCUUGGACUU